AUGGGCGAAACUCCGCAAGAAUUAUUUGGCAGUGGGGCAUCAGGCCUCGCUCAGAACAGUGGAGCGGCGCCAUCUCUUGGCCACGAUGGGCAGCAUAUAAAGGGCGCUGUUGGUUUUAAAGCGUCGGCAACAGGCGGCGAAGCCGGUGGUGACAUUUCUACGGGGGUUUCGUUGCUUGAGCAGCACCUGUGGACUGGUGUUGCCAUCUGCUUUGUCGCCCUUGUCGUUUGGGUGCUUGGCAAGUGUGCAAUAUCAUUUGCGGACAAACGGGCAAUGCAGAGGGAGGCAGAAGGUCGGCAGAGAUGCCACGCAGCGCGGAUGCGUUAUGUUGAAAGACUCGAGGGUGCAAUGGAGGAAUUCAAGAAAACAGAAGAGUUUGAAAAGUUGGAGAAAGAAUCUGCGGAUAGAGAGAGAGGAAUUCAGCCAGAGCAUAGGCGGACGUGGCAGUCGCGGGGAAGCACCACUCACAGUGGACCGGCGGCUCCCACGUACCGUCCGAAUGUGUACGAUCGGUACCAAAUGCAACGAGGGAGAGGUGGCUGA